AUGCGAAUUAAACUCCUGAAAGCGUUAGGACUCUCUGCAGCGGCACUAUCUACCUCGGCGUAGGUUUAUUUUUCAUAUUCUGUAAGGUAUUUAGGCCGCAUCUUUCAAAAAUCAAUCGUUUAGAGCGAUAGGAUGGUAUCAAAGAGGGGCAUACUUGCCGGAAUACGAGAUUCUGGAUCCAAAAGAUGCCGUUUACAAUAUAAAUCACAGUCUGAAUCUUCAAAAAUCAAUCCGAGCCCUCGAAGCAAUGGCUGAUCUCAGCCCAAAUACAGUCGAAGGAUGUCUCGCGGGAUUGGAUCGCGUUGGAUGGGCCGGAUUGGCUUAUCAUAAGUCCCGUUUGUUCGACCAUUACCACACAAACGUUGAGCAUCCGGAGAAAGAAGAAGGUCAGACCUUUACUUCUCUUAUGCAGAAGGUGAUUACUCUGUAGCAAUACUUAUAAUGGAUGUAUAGAUUGAGUUGGACAAGAAUUGGAGGAAAGCCUUGCGAUGGUUCUUCUUGAAUGUUUGUGCUGAAGACGAUCUGAUAUGUCAUGAUAAUCAGGAACCAGAAAGAACGGCGCGGAGUAAGAGGAAGAGGAUUCACAGGGUUCUGCAGGUCCUGUUUUACCUAACUGAGGUAAAUCAAAUUCAGACUAUAUUGUUACCCAGCUAGGGUUCAAAUUUAUAAUGUGUCUUUUUAGUUUGAUGACUGCAAGCCGAUGAUCGACCAGAAGGUCCCUCAGAUGUUACACAUGCUAUUUGAAGAAUACCGGGAAGACGAACACGCUGAACUGGUAAUCCUCAUGCUCAAGAUUCUCGCAAAUAUUGCUGGCUAUAACAAGGAAUGUGCCACUCAUGUAUUUGACUCAGGUAUGUGUUUCUGUUUAUAUAUUUAUGUCUUUAGAAUGGAUGAAAACUUUGGGAGAGAUGAUCUUGAAUCCCAAGAUGAAAGUGGAACCUCUUCUGGCCAGAAAGGUUCUUAAAAAUGGUUGCUAUCAGUUGGGAGCCGCUCAUUAUAAACUGCCAACCGACAUCUACGAAUUUUAUUGUUCGGACGAAGAGCCCAAAAUGGACAUUAUAUUUGUUCAUGGCUUCAGAGGAUCAGUCUUCAGAACAUGGAGACAAAAGGACCUCAGUACAGAACGACCAACGCAGUUCUGGCCUAUGGUAGACGCAAAUCUUAGAUUUUAUUGUUUUAGGAAUGAAAAUUGCAGGAAUCUCAACUAAUUUUGUGUUUUAGGAUUGGCUUCCCACAGACAUCCAAACACCCGUCAGAAUCUUGGCCAUUGACUAUGCUACCAAAUUCCUAAGAUUUGGAAAAGUUUAUGAUCGGAUUCAAGACCGUUCCCAUGCCUUCCAGAAGUCUCUUCAGAGCGUUGGAGUUGGAGAUCGUCCCAUUUUAUUUAUCUGUCACAGUAUGGGAGGUCUUUUGGUCAAACAAAUGCUUCUCGGUAAGCCAACCCGUCACAUUUAACCCUAUUUUUGUUGCAGAUAACCCUCAACUCAUGAAGAAUACAGUAGGAAUAUUAUUCAUGGCCACUCCUCAUCGUGGAAGUCCGGUUGUCGCUUAUAUUCAUCAUCUUCUUAGACCAACUGAAGACAUUCGAUUGCUCAGAUUGGACAGCGAAUACAACAGAGAUCUCCAUGAGAAGUUUGUAGAAAAAUCGAAGGACAUCCCGCUAAUAACAACCAUAAUUGAGAACAAACUAACGCCAAUCUUCGGUACCCAUAAGGUCAUUGUUCCCGCAAAUAGUGCCUUCUUUGGACGGGGAGCGGUCUACCACGUUUCAGAACACCAUCACAAUGUCUGUAAACCUGCCAACAGAGAGUCCCUAACAUAUUGUGUCAUAAUGAAUAUGAUCAAGGAUGCUAUCCAGAAUUACACAUGA